GAACUAUGGAAGUACAGUAAAAACUACUCCUAGUACGUAACGUACUUGCAUUGCAAUGCAAUAACGCGCUGCUAAUACGUUAAUUUUGCAGCAAGCUUCAGUCAGACAAUCCUAGAUUUUGCUGAAAUCCUCAUGGAUGUGUUUUUACCACCAGUAGAUCUCACGACGAAGGUAAAGUUCACAGCUGAGGCCUGAGGAAGACGACGAUGAUGCAUUCAUUGUUAGUUCAACCUCCAAACGGCCACCGUUAUUGCGACGAGAACGCAACUCCGGUGAUGCACGCAGGCGUCGCGUGCGUGCAUUGAUUAGCUCACCUACCCCUGUCUCGCCUACCUCCUCCUCUGCGUGCAUAUUGAUAACAAAACCAGGCUUGCAGCUGCAGGUCGCACAGCAAACGUCCACCAACAAGCAAGAGCCAUGGGCAGGACCACCGCCACCACGCUCCUCGCCGUGGCCGGCGCCGCGCUCUGCUUCUUCUCAUGCUGCUUCUACGGCGGCGCGGCGGCGGGGGACACGGUGGCCGAGUCGUGCGACGCGAUCCGCGACUUCGUGGACGUGUCCUUCUGCGCGUCGCGGCUGGGGUCCGUGCCGGGCGCCGCCUCCGCGGACCGGCACGGCCACCUCCUGAUGGCGGCGGACCUGGCGGCCGCGAGCGGGGCCUCGGCGCGCGACGCCGCGGCGGGGAUGGCGCGCCGGCGCCGCGACGGCGAGGGCGAGGGCGAGGGCGACACGGACGCGCUGGAGGCGUGCGGCAUCCUGUACGGGGCCGCGUCGGUGCCCGCGCUGCGGCUCAUGCGCGGCUACGCGGCGGCGCGCGCCUGGGGCGCCGCGCGCGCGCUGCUGCCGCUCACGGGACAGGCCGGGAUCGGGUGCGACGCCGCGCUCGAGGGCUCUGCGACGGCCAAGGCGCGGAUGGCCGCCGCUAACCGCGAGUUCGACCAGCUCUCCACCAUGGCCACCGCGUUCCUCAACAAGCUCACCUUAGUCACCUAGGCCUCCGGCGGCGCGCCAUGCCACUCGUGCCGCCGUGACGUACCCUGCGUGGGCGUGCCAUGCGUGCUGCGGUGACAGUGAUGCGGAAGCGGCUGCUUCUUGGGUCGAAUCGAUCAGACAAUCAGUAGUGCAAUGAACCACUGAUUUCUGUGUGUUUCUUUGUUGCAGUAAGUAGCCUGUACAAUCUACAAUGCCGUUGUUAAAGUCAUGUUGGCAUAUACGUAUUACUGUGAACUCCAGUUGCUGUUUUCCGUUCAGCAGCAGCUCUUUCUUGUCAAAAACAAAAGAUUUUCCA